AUUCAUUAAAAUAAAAGUUUUAUAUUUAUUUAUGCCAUUUUUCUAUAAAAUUUAUUUUGUCGUUUCAUUUUCUCAUAAUUUAUGCGGUAUGCAAAAUUAUGCCAGGGAUGAAAAUAAAUAGUGAACAAGCUAACAGUCAAGAUAUAAAAAUGGAAAGAGAUGAUAAUACGAAGAAAGUUAUAGAUAAGUUUCAUAUUGAUCAUAUACUUAAACAAAUGUAUAAUGAUAUAUUUAAAGGAGGAAAUUUUGCUGACAUUAUUUUAAGCUUUCAUAACAAAGAAAUUAGAGUUCAUCGAAUAAUUUUAGCUGCUUCUUCUGAAGUAUUCUCGACAAUGUUACAAACCAACAUGAAGGAAAAAAUUGAUGGAAAAGUUGAUAUGGAAUUAUCGGGUUUACUUCCACGCUUUGCUGACGAUUUUAUCAAAUACUUAUAUACUGGCGAGAUUGAACUUACUGUAGAAAAUGUAGAGUCCUUAUUUUCAUGUGCAAAUUUUUUUAUAAUUGAUGGUCUUCGUGAUGCUUGUUCUAGUUUUUUGAAAGAUAUUCUUUCUCCUAUGAACUGCUUAUCAGUGAGUACAAUAGCAAAUCGAUAUUGUUGCUUUGAUUUAGAGCAAAAAGCCUUAAAGAUGUUGCAUGACAAUUUCUCAUUAGUUGCUAAUGGAACAGAAUUUUUGAAUUUAAGUUUGGAAGAUUUAAUUGAGAUUUUGUCUAGUGAUGAAAUUCAAGUCUCAAGUGAAGAUGUGGUUUUUAGUGCUUUGAUGAAAUGGAUUUAUUUUGAUUCAUCAGUAAGAUUGCUACAUUUUGAAGAUUUGUUUAAGUGCAUACGAAUUCCAUACUUAUCUCAAAAGUUUAUUUCAACAACAAAGUUUCAAAAUUCUUAUUAUGAAAAAUAUCUUUCAAGGGCUAUUUCUUUCAGUAAAACAGUUUCUCCUCGAAAAUGUCUUGAUACAGCGACAGUAAUUAUGACAACUGGUGGUUAUGAUGGUAACAACUGUUUGCUGGCUUCAUUUGCUUUCAAUACCAUCACACAAAAAUGGGGAAGUUUAGCACCAAUGAAAGUAGCAAGGCAUGAUCAUGGAACAGUUUUAAUUUGGAAUAAAGUUUUUGUUAUUGGUGGUUUAAACAGCCAUAGAGGACCAAUUUCUAAUGUUGAAUGCUUUAAUCCAAGUCAAAAUCAGUGGUCUGAAGUUUGUGAAAUGAAUUCUAAAAGAAAAUCAGCUGGAGUGUGUGUAUACAAUGAUAAAAUAUUUGUUAGUGGUGGUUUGGAUGGAAGUUAUAAUGCUCUAGAUACUGUUGAGUUUUAUGACCAUGAGCUUAACACAUGGAACAUGUUUAUGCCAAUGAAUGAGGCAAGAUAUUGUCAUGGUCUUGUUGGUAAUGAAACUUGUUUAUUUGCAGUUGGUGGCUGGAAAUCAGCAUCAUUAGAGCGUUAUUAUAACUCUCAAUGGUGCUUGCUUUCUCCAAUGUCAAUACCACGUGCAGGAGCAACUUAUCUUAUUUUUAACAAUAAAAUUUAUGUUUUUGGUGGUUAUAGUGAAAGAUAUUGUGUAUCUUCUCUUGAAAUAUAUGACAUUACUUUAGACAACUGGGUUAUUCAGAGUUCAUCUCAAAUUUCAAGGUGGCGAGCUGGAUCAACUCUGGUUAAUAACAAACUGUUUAUAAUAGGAGGAAGGGACUGUUCUUGGAAAUAUCUGGAUAUUGUAGAAAGUUAUGACUUAGAAAGAGACGAGUGGUCUAUUGAUCUACCAUUUCCUUUUCAAGUUAUGGGUCUUGAGUGUUCUACUCUUAAUUUACCAAAGCAUUUUAUACGUUUUUCAAAGUAAUUUUAAUAUUUUUUGUAUAUAGUAUAUUUAUAAUUAUUAAAUAAUAUAAUUUAUAAAAAGUUUUUAUCAAACAAAUAAGUUAUUCAAUAAAAAAAUUAAAAUACAAAUAAGCAAAUUAAAAUACUUUUUUUUUAAGAAUAUAAGUUAAUAAGUAAAUUUUUCUCAAUUUAUAAAUGAUCUUAGAGACCGUUUUAGUUUGACAAAAGAAAUGUGUUUUCUUCAUCAUUGAAUUAUUUAUUUUGAUACUUUUUGUUGUUGUUUUGGCAAUUUUAAAGUUUUUAUGGCAUAAAUUUUGGAAGAGUUUUUAUUUUAUUCUAUUUCUAGUAUAUGACCAUUAUAAGCACUAAUACAUGUAUAAAUACGAAUUUUAAGUUAUACUAAAAUAUUAAUUAAAAACAUAAAUUAAUUGAAAAUCUAGGUAUACGAUGAGAAUGUUUAUUUGUCAUGAUGUACUAAAAAUUGUAGUACACUUCCUAGAUAUUACAGCUACCAUUGUCAUGCUAUGAGGAAAUUAACGUUGUAAUUUUUAUAAUGCAAAUAUAUUAGUAUAUAAUA